AUGCUUGAGAAUUUAAUUCAAAUAGAAAAUCGAUGUAACUUCUAUGAGUACGCAAAUAAACUGAAAAGAAAUGGCUUUUGAGGAGGAGACAUUGAGCUUUGUGUAGCAUCAGAGCUAUUUGGAAUUGCCAUAAAUAUAUAUUUUGAUAUUAUGCCACAACCAUGGACAAUAGAAAAACUAAUCAUCAUCAUCAUCAUCAUCAUCAUCAUCAUUAUUUAUGUGAUGCUCAGCAUCGCUAAGCCCUUAUGGGCUCUUAAUCAAAUUUUUGAACUUAAAAUUGGGUUUUUUUUCACCAAAAAUAAGCGAUUUAUACCGAACUGUUUGUGCUUUUUCCUCCUUUUCCAGGUUUUUUUCCCACCACUAUUGGUGUUUCCACCUUGACGUUCGAAAUUACCCUAA